AAGACAGACUUUCACGCUUUUAUAAAAUAUGCGAACACCUGCAUUUUUAAGUCAAACGUAUCAAACUUUAGAAUAACCAAUGAAAGCCUAAAUACGUCAACUGCUGAAAAAAGUAAAGGACCCGAUGGACUGAUUGUAUUCUGGUCAACUCAGAGAAGUGCCUCGAGCAAGGUUGGGAGAUAUGUAAAGCAGUGUGAGGGACGGCGAUGGGAUUGGAGAGGCUGUGGCUUCUGGGUGUCACCACUGCUGUUGCCCUCUGUCUGCUGCGUACGUCCCAGGGUGUGGAGGCGGUGGUACGAGCCAGGGUUGGGGGGACUGCAGAGCUUAGUUGCAGUCUUAUCCCCCCCUUCUACAGGAGCCAUCACCCCAAACCUGUUCCCACUGCACGUGGUGGAGUGGGUUCGCCUGGGUUACAAUGUUCCCAUCCUCAUCAAAUUCGGAGUGUACGCACCACGUGUGCAUCCCAAAUACAAGGGCCGUGUGUCUCUGACCCGGGGGGCCUCGCUGCUGGUGGAGGGGCUGAGCCUGGAGGACGAGGGCUGGUUCGAGUGUCGCAUCCUGCUCCUGGACCGCACCACCGACGAGUUCCGCAACGGCACCUGGACCUUCCUCUCCAUCACAGCCCCACCUGUGUUUAUCAAGACUCCGCCGACCUUUGUAGAAGUCUUGCAAGGGGAUUCCCUGGCCCUCAGCUGUGGUGCCCAUGGCAAUCCUCGACCAACUGUUAUCUGGCAUAAAGAUGAGACCCCAAUUGAGAAACAUGAAAAGAUGGCGGUGCUCAAUGGCACCUUGUCUUUGGCCACCGUCACCAGAGAGACAUCAGGAAUGUAUAAAUGUCAGGUGUCCAACUCGGAAGGGAAUCUGACCCAUACUACCCAGCUACAGGUCAAAGGUCCUCCACUCAUCAUUAUCGCCCCAGAGGACACCACCCUCAACAUAUCCCAGGAUGCAGUCCUACAGUGCCAAGCUGAGGCCUAUCCCUCCAACCUCACCUAUGAGUGGUGGAAACAGGGGCAGAAUGUCUACCAUAUAGAGUAUCUUAAGACACGUGUGAAGAUCCUAGUGGACGGCACACUCCUCAUCCCUAGUCUUGUCCCAGAGGACACUGGGAAUUACACCUGUAUACCAACCAAUGGGCUGAUGACCUCACCCUCUGCCUCAGCACACCUCAAAGUCAAACACCCUGCCAGGGUGGGCCGGAUGCCCAGGGAGACGUAUCUACCUACGGGCAUGGGAGGAGUCAUCUUCUGCCCAGUCCAGGCUGAGCCCCCCAUGAUCUUUGUCAACUGGACCAAAGAUGGGAACAACUUAAACCUUGACAAUUUCCCUGGCUGGUUGGUGAACGCCGAGGGCUCUGUGUUUAUAGCCACAGCUAAUGACAAUGCAGUGGGUAUGUACACCUGUACUGCCUAUAACAGCUACGGGACCAUGGGACAGUCUGAACCCACUAAGGUUAUCCUGCAGGACCCACCCUCAUUCUCGGUGUCCCCUCGUGCUGAGUACCUGCAGGAGGUGGGCGGGGAGCUGGUCAUCCCCUGUGAAGCUGAUGGAGACCCCUCUCCUAAUAUCACCUGGAGCAAGGUUGGUCCAAUUCCUCGCUCCCCGUACACUGUUCUGUCCAAUGGCUCCCUCCUCUUGAAGCCUCUCAGCAAAGAUCAUCAGGGGGGCUGGGAGUGCCUCGCCACCAACCGUGUGGCCACUGUCGGCACUGCCACUGUGGUUUUGGUGCUGGGCACCAGCCCUCAUGCUGCCUCAUCUGUAUCAGUCAGUACUGGGAUGAACCAGGCCAAUGUGUCCUGGGAACCUGGCUUUGAUGGAGGUUACACCCAGAAGUUCACUGUCUGGGUAAAGCAGACUUCCAGAGGGAAACAUGAGUGGGGAUCUAUCUCCGUGCCCACUUCCAAGUCCCACCUGUUGGUGACAGGGCUGCUGGCUGGCACCAGCUACCAGUUCAGUGUCCUUUCUCAGAACAAACUGGGCUCCGGACCCUUCAGUGAAAUUACCUCUGUCAGGACGCAGGCCCUGCCAACAUAUCCACCGACAGUGGUGACCAGUCUACCAACUCUCAACCCUCCCUUGUUCCUGUCAGCCAAUCGGACAGCGCUGGGGAUUGUCCUGCAGUGGUAUCCUCCUGAGUCUCAGGCCACACUACUUACUGGGUAUGUCCUCCAGGCUCGGAGGGACAGAGGCCAAUGGGUCAUUCUCAACAGUGCUGUGAAGACCAACCAGAGUGAACUACUGGUGCAAGGAUUACUGAGGGACUGCAGUUAUGAUCUGAGAUUGAUGUCUCGCAGUAACAAACUACUGAGUGAGCCCAGUGAGUCUGUCAAUGUGGACACCACAGGGAUGGAGAUGUACCCUGUCCGGACAGGCUUCCUGGAGUUUGUCCCUGAGCCCCUAUUGGCUGGUGUGUUGGGUGGAGUGUGCUUCCUGUUCGUGGCAAUCAUCCUCUCCUUGGUGACAGCCUGUGUUAUGAGUCACAGAAGAGCCCAUCGGCGCAGGAAGAGGAGAGAUGAUCAACCCUCUGCCUUCCAGAAGAGUCUUUCUCCAGAAGCUCGCUCGCCUUCUGACAGCCCUGACAGCGUCCUGAAGAUCAAGUUUUGUCCUCCCCUGUCUUUCUUCCCCAACUCCUCGUCUUCUCAGGCUGAUCGUUCCUCCUUCAAUAAAGGCAGCCGUGGAGAGUACCAGGACCAGCGCAGGCAACUCCUGUCCAGCUCUACUCCCCCACCACAUUACACCCUCUUUGAGAGCCACCUGGGGGGUAAGGCCCCCCCACCCUCUGCUCUGGAGUCCAUCUUAAGAGGCCCAGAUGGACGUUUCAUUGUCCAACCCCUGCCAGAGGCAUCUACUCUUUCCAACAUGAAGACAGUCUUCCUACAAACCCAAACCAAUAGGGGAGGCAGCGGCACAGGGAGCAACCGGACAUCUUUCAGAGACUCUCCAAAGUCCAGCAGUCUGAGCUCUGAGAGGGGAGAGAGAAAGGACUCCCCCCUGACAGUGGAGGUUACAGAACUCAGCAAGCCCCCUGCCUCCCCGGGCAGAGUGAGGGCAAUGGCCAGGAACUUCUCCCGUCACGGCUGCUUCUACUCUGAUGACGAGCAGGGCUUCUCAGAGGCUCUGCUGGAGAGAGCCAGUUUCCACUCCGAUAGGAGUGAGAAGAGAGUCUGUGACUCCCUGAAAAGAUACCGAUCUGGGCAUCCAGAGGACAUUUUCCCCAGCCUGGGCAGGACAGCCAGACUGCUGGAGAUGGACAGGCAUCACCUAGCAGAUUACCAACCCAUGGAGAGAGAGAGCCAGCUGACUAACGCCAGCACACUGGUCUCACAGAUUGACACAAGUCAACAAAAGCAGGAUAACCUCAGAAAGUGUCUGCAGCUGGCCAAAGAGAGGGAGAUGAUGGAAAGGGAGCUGGAUAACUAUACUGCCAGCCAGAGGGAAAGGGAGUGGGAGAAAGAGGAGAACCAGCUUGAAAAGGCAACAAGCCCUAACAGAGAACUGGGCAGUUCAGGGGCUGAGGAUCCUAUAUGGAAGCCACAGGACAUUACCUUACGUCCCAAAGCCCACCGGGCGUCCGGGCAAACCCAUCAGCUGUCGGACUAUAGGAGGGCCUGCUACUUUGGGAACACCAGCAGCCCAAUGGACCGGCUCCCUUCCUCCUACAUCCAAUGGGACAUCAGCCCAGUCACCUCUAUCAGCAGCCUUGUCCCAGUGCAGAGGCCCUUAGAGAGCACCACACCAAGAUCCCAACAUCCUCACCAACGUCAUGCUGGGCUGGCCAUGGAGGACUCACUACAUGUGGACUGCUCACGCUACCCAGUCACUCAAUGCACCUCUCCAUCUCAGCUCUCCCCUACCUCAGAAAGCCCAUCAAUCAGUCAAGGAACAGACAGAAACGUAGGCAGAGCCAGGUCAAGGAGUCCUGACAGAACUGUAGAAAGAGAGCAGGACAUGUAUCGUAGAAGGUCUAUGGUUGAGGAGGGCUGGAGGGAGACAAAACAGCCAGGGGGAGGUGCCUUAAAGCCAAGAUCGUCCUUUGCUUAUGGUACACAGCAUCUGGAGCCAAGAGCUGAAAGAUCUGUUUCAGCAGCGCGAGUGAGGGCCACAAGUUCUGACCAGCCUUACCCAGGCACUGCACCAUAUAGUCUGUCUGAGAGAACAGAGACAAUGGAUGAUAGGGAGAGAUUAAAUCAAAUUCCCUCUGGUUACUCUACCUUGUCAUAUGAGCUCCACAAAGCAGGGGCCAAAGGGAAAGUGAGAGGUGAUCCAAUUGGGGAUGACCCUCGGAGUUCACUGUCAAACCCUGAGCAGGAGAGAGAGGGCGUCAGGGCACGCUCCAGAAGGAGUGAUAGGGCUCUUUUUAAUGACAGCCCCAGUCAAAUUUCCCCCUUAACUCUUCUGGAAGCGUGUGAGAGUGAUCAGUCCCAGUUCUCUGCUGCCAGAAUAUCAGAGUCUUUCAAGAAUAAGCCGGCAACCCAGGCACCCAAAAUGUCCCCACUCCAGACAAGUGCAAUUCUCGAGUAUUUGAGCCUCCCGGGUUUCAUUGAGAUGAGUGUGGACAACCCUGGGGAUGAAUCUGAACUCACAGACACUGCUUGCAAAAGCAUAGAGCCACAGACAGAGACUUCUCUGGAAGGUAAGCCAGACGUGGUUCCAAAAAACUGGGAUGUUCAUGUGCAGGAGAAGCUAGAGAAAAGUUCAAACCAAAACACGGUUUCUUUUUUAGAAAACAGACACUUUGUUGGUCCAGCAGGAAUUUCAAAGGCAACUGAGAAGCCAGACUAUAGAUACUCUCUGCAAGUGCAAGCAAGAGAUUCAAGCCACAGCACUGCGAUUCCAGACAGGUCAAAAAAACUAGCACCUGGGUCAGAAUACACAGGGAAUUAUCGUUAUUAUGAGCAGUCACAACCACUUAUUAGUCAAAAGACCACAGGCUCAGAGAGACCACCAACGAGAAUUGGUUUAAGUCCAGCCCAGACGUUGGCUAGUGCAGCUAAAAGCAUGGCAGAAGUUGUGUUUAAACACACUAAUACUUUUGCAGGGAAACCAGAGUCAGCUUCAGAACAAUCCCAAAGACUUCAUUCUCAGGGCAACAGGACUAAUAAAAUAGCCUCUAGGAUCUAUCAACACCCUGCACCGUUCAUCAAGAAAUCUCUGAGCAUUGGCCCCUGCAGAACACUUUCAGGCAUGGGACAGCCUCGUCCAUUCAUAAAAAAGUCCAUCAGCUUAGGGUCACAGAAAUGGGAGCAUUUUGAAAGACCAAGGACUUAUGUCUCAGAGAAAUGUUACUGGGAUGAGUUCCCAAACCCAGACGUCCGGGUCAAAUCGUAUAGUUUAGGACGCACCCCUGCAUACUCCUUCUCCAGACCAGACCCCUCGUGGAGGGAAGGGGUCCAGUUUAGACAGCCGAGUGUAGGAAGCUUGGAGAAGCCUCUGAAUGCUGACAGAUCCUUGGAGAGGCCUCGGUAUGACAGAUCCCUAGCCAGCUCUUCCUAUACCUACCUCAGCCCCUCCAUGUACCCACCAAGACAACCCCCAGUCUCUGUUAGACAAGACUUAUCAGAUCCAUGUAGACAGGCCAGUGCUUAUCCUGAUGCCGCCAUGUCGCCUAUCACAUAUCAGGAUGCUCUGAGGUCUGUAGAGCAAAGAUAUGUCUCUAUGAACUCCUCAAUACCCCAGUACCUGCCUAGACUAGACCAGUACCUACCCAGACCAGACCAGUACACACCCAGACCAGGCAUGAGGGGAGACUACCCCAGACCGAUGGAGUCCAAGAGGGGCCAACCGAGGCCCAACCUGCCCCGGAUGUAUAGCUGGCCUUCACCCUACCAUGGUGGCCCUUUCCCAGCCAGGGAUGUAGACAGUCAUAGAGAGGCAGAGAGAGGGACAGGGAAGGGGGCAGGGGCUGAGGCAGAGAUGAGAGACAACAGGGAAGGAGGGAGGGCCAGUUAUGCCAGUCAGAGCAGUGGGAGAGGUAGCGUUGGCCUCCUCCGUCAGUCCCUCUCUAUCACUCCCAUCCUUCUCAGCUCCCCGGAGACAACAGAGGAAAGUGAGACACAGAGACACAGAGCUGAGAUGGAUCUACGUGAGUGGAGAAAAAAAAGAAGGAACACAUCAGUAGAUGAGAGUUAUGAGUGGGAUUCUGCUGAUGUCUGUGUGGAUCUGGAAGUCCUGGAGGCCAUGAAGCCACAGGCAGGGGUAGUGAAGGGUAGGGGGCAGGGCAGGCAUGAUCAAGUCCUUUCUGUGGCUGGCCUUCAGGACCUCUACAGGAAAGGCCCUCCUCGCUCAGUCAGUCCACCAGUUUCCAACCUACCUCACUGCCAAUACACCCGCUCCCUAAGUGAGGCGCGCUUCAACGCACUCCGCCUGGAGUACCAGGAGUACAGGCGCUCUCAGGGAUCCUCCUGCACCAGUGAUCCCUGCCUCCCUCCCUCCCGACACAGACUCUGACUCCAACUCAGCACUGCUCUAACUGCCUGCCCACCCUGAUAUGUCAAAGAAAGGAACCAAAUAGUUUCUCAGAUGCAGAGAACUGACAGUAGUGUGGUCCUGGAUGUAUGCUGGAUAUCUUUUUUGAAGCUUCAUGAUACCGCAACACCUCAAAAUCCAAAUCCUCGACAAUCCAACCGGAUCCUCUGUGGACGGAACACUGUCAAAAGUGUAACCAACUGAAAAAGACAGGAUAUGCUUGAUCAUAUGGCGCACAUCGUACACACCAAUUGCCACAGAUAUUGAUACCUGUGUUGUGCCAUCGUUAUUGACACAGAAUAAUACUUGGCCCUGAUUGGAGCCUGUUAUCAGAUGCUGGAUAUUUAUAUUUCUUGUGUUUUGGUGAAACUGACCAGGGACCUUUUAAAGAGGCAAGUACAAAUGUAAACCAAAACAACAAGUGUUUUAUGGGCUUUUGGUAAGCUUGGACAAUCAAACACAGUUGGCCCUCUUUAAAAAAGAUCUUGGAAAGUCACUGGAUUCAUGCUUGUACAUAACCACUUGGCCAGCUAAUGGUGGCAAGCUAUAACUUGUGCCUGAGAUCUGUAUUUCAAGUCCAAGGAGUAUUUCACAUCAAGGACAAAGUCUUUUUGCUUCCACCACCAUUUUAUGAAAAUUGGUGAAAACAUCAGUCAGUUUAUGACAAUGUAUGGAACUGUAUGUGAAAACACUGAAUAUGAAGAUUUAGUACAGUACUCAACACAAAUAGUAUUUUGUCAUUAGCCACCUAAAUGGCAUGUGCUUUGAGUGAGCGAGCCUUCAUCUUUGUGUUGCAUUGUUACAGUGAGUGGGUAACUAGCUCACCAUUACCUGAACAGAAAAACCUGUUUAUUCAUUUCCCAAUUAAACAGGUAAAUCUCCCUCAUUGUUGUGUUUGUAAUCAUACUCAGUUUUCUCAGCAGAGUAUUUCAGACUAACAGGAAAGUGUUGAGUGAUUGCUGUAAUUUAUGUGUCAAUGUUUUCAUGUACUGUAGCCCUGGACAAUUACACCUUGUAUUUUAGUACCAUAGCAACUCAACAUCUUAAUCCUUGAUCAUAUGAAAAAUAUGUUAUAAAGUUGUCCAUGACAGGGAAAGGUUGUGUAUCAUAUUUGCUUUACCUUUGUCCAAAAAAAAUGGAAGUUCACCAUUCACAAAUAUGGUUCAACAUUAUUCCCAAACUAAGCCUAUAUUAAAUUAUUGGAAUUCAAGAAUAACAAUACGGCUUGAGAUUAAGUACUGUGUAUAAUGUAUGUCAUCACCUUUUGUACUUCAAGCAUUAUUGAACAUUAUUGUAUAUUUAUUAACAUGAGUUUUGAUAUGCAACAAUGUUUACAUGCAAGUUCACAUUAUUGAUGUGAAAAGCACACUGUGAAUAUACUCCAUUAAGCUGAAUUCUGCUGGAAUAAGAAGUCUCCAUUUAUUGUUGUACAUUUUAUAUCCAAAAUUGUCCUGACAUUUGUUAUUUAAUAAAAAAAAACUGUACUUUAUAAUGGAACUGUUUUACAGUAACCAAGAGAGAUAUUUCUUAUACAAUUUCAUAAAAGGAAAGAAUUGAAGCAUGUAUUAUACUUAAGGAGCAGUUGUACAUCUGUACAUUUGGAGUACAUUGGCAUUUUUUUUUAAAUAAGAUUGAUGUUUUGUACAAACUGGAUGUUUUUUCAAUAUCUGCUCAUUUGGUUGUUGUCAUUGUCGUUUUUAUUUUUGUAUUGAAUAAAUUGUUUUAUUCUGAAUGUA